GGCGGGAGAGGAAUGGCCAGAACUGUUUGGUGAGUCUCCUGGAGUAGGGGUGAGGGAGCUGGCCGGGGUGAAGAUUGGGAUCAUGUCCCAAGAAUAAAAAGUAUAUCAGAAUAUCUACAUUUCAGUUUCGGUGCCUAUCGAGAGUUUUAAUUCAUCAUGGAUAAUCUGUCACCGGAAGAAAUUCAGUUAAGGGCUCACCAGGUUACUGAUGAGUCUCUGGAAAGUACAAGGAGAAUCCUGGGUUUAGCCAUCGAGUCUCAGGAUGCAGGAAUCAAGACUAUCACUAUGCUGGAUGAACAAGGAGAAAAACUAAACCGCAUAGAAGAAGGCAUGGACCAAAUAAAUAAAGACAUGAGAGAGGCAGAGAAGACUUUAACAGAACUCAACAAGUGCUGUGGCCUUUGUGUCUGCCCGUGUAAUAGGACAAAGAACUUUGAAUCUGGUAAGAACUAUAAGGCAACAUGGGGAGAAGGUGGAGACAACUCUUGUAGCAAUGUAGUAUCUAAGCAGCCAGGCCGAGUGACAAAUGGUCAGUCUCAGCAAGCAGCCACAGGAACAUCCAGCGGUGGAUACAUUAAACGUAUAACUAAUGAUGCCAGAGAAGAUGAAAUGGAAGAGAACCUGACUCAAGUGGGCGGUAUCCUUGGAAAUCUAAAAAACAUGGCUCUGGACAUGGGCAAUGAGAUUGAGGCCCAAAAUCGACAAAUACACCGGAUCACAGAAAAGGCUGACACCAACAAAGAUCGUAUUGACAAUGCCAAUGCCAGAGCCAAGAAACUCAUUGACAGCUAAAAUACUGCUGUGCUUUCUUUACCAUUUAGUCACUUGCCUAGCUCUUCCUUCGAAGUCAUUGCCUUUUCAGAGUUUGAAUAUUUGGUUCCAUACUCUUCUAAUCAGAAGAUAAUGUAGAAGAAGGGUGAGGAGUAACAGCCCCCGUUUGUUUUUUAUUAUUUUAUCUUUUUCCCUUGAGGAUAGACUGCUGCUCGGCCUUCCCUCUAGUAUUUCUUUCUCAGUUUAUCCUCUUAGAUUGGUUUUCAUACAUCAUAUAUAGCAUUGUUGUUCACCUUCCUUGUUUACUGUAGCAGGUUCUUCUGCUUUCAAGAUUUGGAAGCAUUGCCAAAGACAGCCAUGAAUAAGGAAGCUGGGGGCAGGGGUCGGGGAGUGCAAGAAGGACAAGCAAGAGGUAAGAGGUUACCUCAGUAAAACAUUCAGGCCACAAAGCAAAAAGUUUUAUCCACAGUAAAGAUCUAGUUGGGUUUAGUUUUUAAUUUAAGUUGCAAUUAUUGACAACUUAGGCUAAUAAUUGGUUUUGGAGCUUUUAUACACAAUAUUUUUGUUAUACAUCACAACUUUGCAACCUCUGCUUCAAAAAAGAAUAGAAUAAGUUUUUUAAAGUGAGAUUAAUUCCCGAACUCUUGGUGUUUCAUAUAUGUACAUAGAUUCUGUGAUUACAUUUCAUAUUGCACCAUACAAGAACACUUUGUAUAAGUUAAUGGCUUUUUAUUUUCGUAUUAUUAGUAUCAUGGUUCCAUUACAAGCCUUUUAACCUCAUAAAUUUGUCAUUAGUCUUUCAAGAAAAAAAUAUGUAAAUAUGUAUGUGUAACAUGAGAAUUUCUCUCUGAAGGGCUUAAAAUUUUUUGGAAAAGUUUGACAAAGUGUAUCACAUGAAUUCAGAUUUACCUCAAUGCCAAGAAUUAUGUUUAGAUAGAAAAAAGAAACUUGUUUUGAUCUCAGGUAGAAAAAUUGUUAGAUUGCCUUGAGUUUUAUGUAGACUUAAGACUUUCAAAAAGCUAGAAUUCUGUUAAACUAAAAGUAAUUUGGAAAAUUACACCUUUGGUUUCAUUAUUGCAAUUACACCUUUGGUUUCAUUAUUGCAAUCAUCAUUGCACUGUCAUUCUCUUAGCCUUGUGUACUUAGCAUCUGUAGCCUUGUGAACUAAUGUCAGAAUCACGUUUAUUUAGAUCCUGAACAGUUAUAAAAAUCUGAUUGGUAUUUGUCACCUUUAUUUUAAAGCUAGCACCUGUACACUUCAAAGCUAUUAAUGUGAUUGGUUUGACCAAUAACCACCUUGAUUCUUACAAUUAAAUUUUGUAACUAAUGGAAUUGUUCUUUCAAA